AUAUUGUUUGUAUGGUUUAUAUGCUUAAUUGCUAGCAACAACCAGGUAGAAGGAGAGAUUGAUGAAAAGUGUACAGAAUAUUGUGCAUGCUGUAUAAAUAGACACUGUGGACCAGGGAAAUACUUUUCAAACGAAUGUACCAUAGGCUGUAUUGAUGGAUAUAGAGGUGCUCGAUGCACCAUACCAUGUACACACAAUUGUACAGAAUGCCCUGAUCAUGAAGAUACGUGUACAUCGUGCUAUGAUGGCUAUUUUCCCGGCCCUGCUAGAGACUGCACAUCAAAGUGUUCACCCGGAUGUAAAUCAUGCAGGUCAGGAACCACGUGUACAUUAUGCAAGGAGGAAUAUUAUAACGACAAUGGUUACAAUGAUUGUCGUUAUCGUUACUGUCCUGAACAUUGUAAUUGUGAUAAUGGUCAGUGUGUUACAUGCAAGGACGGAUAUUACGAUACCAGUAACAUAUGUAAUAGUUCAUGUCCUGGUAACUGUGUCACGUGUACGUCGAUUACUGAUUGUGGACCGUGUAAGGAGGGUUAUUAUAAAGGUUACAAUAAUGACAACAUUAACCUCCCUUUAUUGAACGACUGUACAUACAAAUGCCAAGAUAACUGUGUACGUUGUUCGUCUUAUGACAGUUGCUCGCUUUGUAAAAGUGGUCUUUAUGGAUUGGCAUGCGACAACAGUUGUUCGGUUGGUUGUAUAUCAAACACUUGCGAUAUAAUGACUGGUAACUGUGCUUGUUCCUCUAAUUUUACUGGAGUAAGAUGUGAUAAAUGCAAAACAGGGAAAUAUGGACGUAUCUGCGAGCAACAAUGUCCUGCAGGGUGUAAAGGUAGCGUGUGUGAAAAAGAUACCGGAGAUUGUACAGACAGAUGUAGUAUAGACACGAUCGUUGGGGAUAAAUGUGACGUCUGUUUAACAGGCUGGUAUGGGCAAUACUGUAACAUGUCUUGUCCUGUCGGCUGUAAAAAUAAGCAAUGCGAGAAAAGUAAUGGGGAAUGCUCAAAUGGAUGUCUUGAUAAUUUUGUAGGAGGACAAUGCUAUCAGUGCAUACUUGACAAAUAUGGAGAUACAUGCCAACGUGACUGUCCAAUUAACUGUGACGAGAAAGGCUGCUUAAAAGACUCUGGUAAUUGUAUAAGCUGUCGUGUCAACUUUGAUGGAGAGAAAUGUGAUAGAUGUCGUCCUGGUUUUUAUGGUUCACUUUGCUCUGAAAGAUGUCCGAUUAAUUGUUUGAACGGUGUAUGUGAUGGAAAUACAGGCACAUGCUCGGAUGGCUGUUUAGACAAUUAUUCAGGUGACAGAUGUUGUAUAAAUAAUAACAACUGUAUCACAUGUUUAUCAGAUACUAGAUGUAAACAAUGUACGCCUGGUUACUUCAAUUACCAAUGUGAUAAACAUUGUCCUCAGAACUGUCAAAAGUCCUGUCAUAUCGAAACCGGUCUUUGUGACGGUUGCAAAGGUAACUUUUAUGGUGAUAGUUGCAAUUUUCCAUGUGCCUCUACAUGCAAGAGACAAACAACAUGCGGAAGUUUAUGUCAGCAAAGUAAUGGAAAGUGUCUAUAUGGAUGCGAAGAUGGUUUCCACGGUUUACAGUGUUCUGAGAAAUGUUCUGUUUAUUGCAGCGAUAAACUGUGUAAGCAAGACGACGGCAAAUGUACAAAAGGUUGCAAAAUGAAAGUAAAGAAUGACCACAUUUGCCCUCUGACAUCCGACUCAAGUUCCUCAGGGCAGUCAGUAAAUAUAGCUCCUAUAUCCCUUGGGUCAAUUCUUGCCGUGUCAGUAGUUGUUAACAUCAUAUUUUUGGUUAUGCUGAUUCUCUGGAAAUAUCGGAAAAGGGUCAAUGAUACUUACAUAACGAAAGGACAUGUUUAUGAAAACUCUGGCAUUGAACUGAAAUGUGGAAAGUCGGCAAAUGCUGGCAGUGCCAACAAGGAUGGAAAUGUCCAAACAUCAAACAGCAACACGGUGUUAAAGUCACGUGAGUAUGAGGAUCUUGGAAGAGUUCAGG